CUCUACAUAAAUAGUUUCUUAUCCUCAUAGUUGCACACUGCAUGGAUUUUAACAAAGUUACAUUUCCAAUAUGGUAGGAUAGGUUGUUGUUGUAGAGCGCCUUGUUGUCAUGUCCCCGCAGUGCCUGUAGUGGUGCUGUGAGGAGUCUGUUGUGGAUCCAACAAAUGUCCUCAGCAGCCUACCUACGGCUUGUAAUUUGCGCUGGUUAGCCUGUGUUUUCAUGGCUCCUUAUUUCAAGAAAAUCCGAGCUCGAUGAAGACCGCCGUUUACCAUCCUACCUGGAUUAUUGAUGCCCGAGUAGCUUAGCUGAUUCUAAUAGACAUUUCGGCCGACUAUCUGGAGCGAAUACCGUGCACAGCCCAAACCUAUUCAAGCUGAUGUUUUCAAGGACAAGAGUCACGUGAUGUAUGAAGGCAAACACAUACACUUCUCAGAGGUGGACAAUAAGCCGCUGUGCUCCUAUAGUCCAAAGUUGUGCAAGCAGCGCCGGUUAAAUGGGUAUGCUUUCUGCAUCCGGCAUGUUCUGGAGGACAAGACGGCUCCUUUCAAGCAGUGCGAAUAUGUUGCAAAGUACAACAGCCAGCGAUGCACCAACCCCAUCCCCAAGUCUGAGGAUCGCAGAUACUGUAACAGCCACCUGCAGGUUCUCGGCUUUAUCCCGAAGAAAGAACGCAAGAAAAAACACGAUGCUUUAGAGGAAAUGCGUCCACGGGCUCACCUGGAGUCGGUGGCUCUCAACAUAACUGUGCCCUCUUUAGCUCUGAGAGCGACCAAUGGCAUAGAUGAACUUCCACCAUCUCCCCCCUGCUCACGCCUGUUACCCCUCGCCGAUGGCGAACUCCUGGACCCUUUUGCCUUCUAUGAGGAUGAAAUGGAUGGAGAGGAGGUGGGCGCUCCUCGAAAGGGGAGCAGCAUCAAGAAGAAGCUACAGAGUCGGCUGGCGCUCAACCAGAAACUCCCCCAAGACACAGAACUUUUCCAGCCAACGCCUGAGCACUUUACGGUCUCGCCAGUUCCGCGCAUCCACCCCUCGUCACCGCUCAACGCUCAUUUACCGCGACAGGCAUCGGGUCUCUUACAGCCACCUCAGCAGUGCGGCGUGACAUCUUUUUCCUUCCCAGCACAGCAGCAGGGUUUAUUAUGCAAUCCACCACCACCUCAGACAGUCAACUUUCUGCCUCCGGGGAUGCCUGCAAACGCAUUGCCCAGUUCAGCGCAAUAUUUUGGACCAUCGCUCAGCAGGAAAAUGCCUUCCGCUGCGACACAACCGCCUGUCUCCUGCAAGGAUGGUGGCAGUACCAAUCAGAGGCACAUGGUCGUCAUGCACCCCACGGCCUUCUCCCCUUCUGCCCACUGCCUUGCUAGGUUGCAACACCUGGUGCAGCUCUGUGCUAAGAGACAGAGAGAGCACGGAGAUCUCUUCUCACAUCUAGGUCUGGAUUGGUCAGAAGACAGCGCCGAUGACGAUGACGAAGAGGAUGUGGAGAGAGCUGCUCCUUUUCAGAGUCCAUGGAGACCAGAGAACAGGUCUGUCUCUUUAAAGUGCUUAACCUCACCAUAUAACGUCGAAACGUCUCGACGUCAUGUUAAUGUUAUUCUCCUGUGCAGCUUGGAGGGCGAUGGCGGUUCUUCGCGUAGAGCGCGCCUCCUGCGGCUUUGCUCCUACCUGCGGGAGAAGUACAAGCACAUGUGUAGACAGGAUAGGGCGAGUAUCCGUCAGAAGAGGUAUCGUUAUGCCUUCCGGAAAGCCUUGCUGCACGCCGCCAACAGCAACCCAGACUGCGCGGGGCAGCUGAUCCAGGAGCUGGGUGGAAACUCUCAUAGCCAUUCAUGUGGGCUUCCAGCAAGGCCCCGGAGCACAGAAGCGGCGACUUGUACCGGCUCCACCAAGGGCCAGACCUGCACCAACAGAGCUCUGCCCUUCACUCAGCACUGUUUUCAGCACAUACUGUUGAAUCGUUCUCAGCAACUAUUUGCUAGUUGCACAGCCAAAUUUGCAGAUGGUCAACAGUGCUCCAUCCCCGUGUUUGAUAUCACACACCAGACGCCGCUCUGUGAAGAGCAUGCCAAAAAGAUGGAUAAUUUUCUAAGGGGUGACGGCAAUCGGAGGGUGCAGCACCAGCAACAGAGAAAGCCACGGAAAAAGACCAAACCGCCAGCACUCACCAAAAAACACAAGAAGAAAAGAAGGAGAGUGCCGCAGAGGCCCCAGAAACCCAUCCCGCCAGCGCUGCCGCAGGGAAACCUGGGAAUGCCUUUGACGAGCCUCGUGAUGCCCCCACAGGCUGGCAUCAGGAGCCCCUCAACCCCAGACCUGAGCACAGACGAACUUCCUGAUGACAUCACCAACGACAUGGCAGACAUUCCAAAUGACCUAGAGUUAAACCAGGAGGAUUUCUCAGAUGUGUUGCCGCGGCUACCUGAUGACCUGCAAGAUUUCGACUUAUUUGAAGUGAAGAACGGGGAGCUGCUUCCCACCACAGAGGAGGCUGAGGAACUGGUCCGUGCCCUGCAGGCCAUGGGCUCCUACCCAGACUCGCUGGUGUGCCUGACCUCCAUGGCCGAUCUGGCCUCGGCGGACGGAGUGGACAACCGUGCCCUGACGGUGUUUCCUGGCCCGGUCCAACCGGGCGGCAUGGGGGACCUGCUCAACACACGCAUCCCUGCUGAGAACUUCACCAGCCUGGAGUUGGAGGACAAUCUGCUACAGGCCGCCGGGAACCACUUCUCCCCAUCUCUGCCAUCCCAGCCGGCCAACCAGCCCCCUCCAUCGUGCUCCACGCUGACCUCGCCUUCCUCCGUGGCGGCCACCACCAGCAUCCCCCUGCUCACGCAGACCUCCAUAACAGAGAGGACGUUUUCUCGGACGCAUGUCCUGGCAAAGUCUGAGGUUUCCGCCUCGUCUCCGCAGGUCAGCCACUACAGCAGCGAGCAUGUGCCAUCCCCGUACAGUGAACACAUAUCGUCCCCGCACGCCGCCUCCUUCCACACAGACACCCCCCUGCUGCUGGAGGUCCCUCUCAGCGGGGUUCCGGGGACCCCCCGCUCUACAUGGAACAACCUCCCCCUCACAGACCCCACGCCGUUCGGCAAUCUCAUCAGGUCGGAGAGUCACCUCAUCACCACUUCCUUGUCCACGCCGCCCGCCACCACCCAUUCUGUAACGCUGCAGCCGAUGGCGGCUUUGUCGGCGAUGCCUCAGGGCGCCGUGACGGGUUUAACCGCUCCCCCUGUCCCCUCGUCCUCUUCCUCCUCCUCACACGAACACCUGUUGACCCCCACACAGCCCAAGCAGCAGCUCCCUCAGUUCAGCGCGGCCUUCGGCCAUCAACUGGCCUCCCACAGCGGCAUCCCGAAAGACGUGCAGCCCAGUCACAGCUCCACGGCGCCCCCUGCCGGCUUCUCAAUAGUUAGUGCCACCACUGCAAGUGCCAACAGCGCCACGCCGCCCUUCACGCAAAGUAAAUGAUUAAGCAGCAGCUGCGGUGGGCUCACAGUUAUCUCCAAUCCAGCCGACCGGCUUCUGAUUUUAUCUGCUUUAUGUGUGCAAUGUGGUUCUAGUGCACUAUUUGCUAAAGGAUUUGCACAAUCUCUAACCCCCCAACCCCCCUGUCUUUUCCUUUUUUUCCCCCCCUCCUGUAGCCGGACGGAUUUCAGAUUUGAAGUAGCUGUGAGUCCCCUCCACCCUCUGUGUUCUGUAUGUUUGCGGAGCAGCGCUUUAGAUUAUUUGAUGACUUAAAAGACAUUAGCAAAGAUUAUUUAUAACCAUGACAGAAAACCCCAGAUGCCGCUCUGUUUGCUUCACACCCCCUCCCCUUCUCAGAUGGCCAUUUGCACCCCCACCCCUUCCCUCCGUUUUAAAGAGUAGACAUUGUGAUGUUUUUUGUAACCCAUUAUGUUUCAAGCUAUUUAACCGUCUUCAUGAUACGGAUUCAGUCCAAUUUAAUCAUCACCCAAACACUUUUUUUUAACGGCUGAUUUUAAUAUAGUGUAUAUUAUAUGUGCUCAUUUAUUGGUUCUGCUCGGACGUGAUAAAGUCUCUGACCUCACUGUCGGAUGCGGCACUGUGAGUGGCUUAGUAGACACUUGAAGGUAGUAGUUUCUUAAAGCAAUAAAAAUACACAUUACCAUCACCUGCAGGAUUGUGAGGUAUUUUUCCUGAUGUCACUGCAUGUAGCUCCGCUUCCUGAAACCAGCCAGAUCAGGUUGUUUCUGUUUAGUUUUUUUUCUUUAGGGCCUCUAUGGCUCAAACUCCAGAUUUUUACAACAGUUUCACUCAGGCCAUCUCUUAUUUCUAAGGAGUUAACUCUCAAGGUGAAUACAUGAGCGACCGUUUCAAUGAGGAGGAAGAUGGUGAUGAAUGCAGGGGCUUUUAAGUGUCUACGCUAGAAAGGUCCACAUGUACCACAGUCUUCAUCGGCUCAGGAAAGAAGACUUUGGUGGUGGGGAUUGGGCAUUCAGCGCCUUGCAAACAUAAUCACAACGCUUUCUUUUCCUAGUUUUCUCAUGUUGCGACCAUAACCUCCAUGCUCUCUUUUUGGGAUCUUAAGUGGCUUUCAGUUAGAUUCUUCUGAACUUUAACUAGGCCAAAUUAGCACAGGAAAAUGUUUAGAUCCAAACAUUUCAAUCGCUUGGGCCGAUGUUCUUUUUAAUAGAUGGAGAGGACAUCUUUAAAAAUGUUUUUUUGGAAGUUUCUAAACAGCUUUCUUUAUGCCACCCUUUUAACGCUUCUGGACUGUUCCUCUUAGCCACUGGUCAGACGUCCAUGUCCAAUCAAAAGCUUUGAAUCUGAUUAUGUCAAUUUCAAAGUCUGGAAACUCAUGUUGAAGUUGAACACAUGAAGAAAUGUUGUGAGUUUCCAGACUUGCAUCGGUGUCUUACAAUCCAAAAUGUUUCCAUGCAAAUUAUCUGAGGCCCUUAUUUGAGCUGUUUUAGUCCAUUUAUGCCUAACUCUUUAUAGGCAUGUACUUUCCAGAUGGGAAUCUAUUUAUUUAACAACUCCUCCUCCUGUCCACCAUCUUUACCUGCUUCUAUAAUCGCACAAAGUGUAGAAAUUGUAUUUUUAACAUCACCUCUUGAUAAUAAUCAAACGAUUUAAAUGUCCAGAAUUUUAUUUCUGGGUUCUUUAAAAAAAAAAAAAAAAUCAUGAAAACAAUUUUAAAUGUUCCUCCUUAUAUGGACGUCUUGUUAAACACUGAGGCUGUGGUUUCAACAUGACCAAUGAGGGGGAAAAAGGGUGUGAAUACUUUUGCCAGGCCCUGCAUAAAUGAACAAAAGGUGGUAUGAUUUGUACAUCUCAAGUAAAUCACUGUUUUAUCUCGCCAUGUGAUUUUUAAGCUACAGGAUGUAAAGCUGGGGUCUGAUUUUAGCUUUUGCAAACAAAUCCCUCCCCCUCCUCCGCUAACUUAUACAGCAGUAUAACAAUGACUUUUGAUAGAUUUAAAUACAUAUAUAAAUAUAUAUAUUAUAUAUGAUAGACAUUGACAAAUUGUUGAAUACUUGGUAUAUAGAAUAUAAGUCUCUAUCUUGGGGUUUGUUGGUGAACUCUUCAGUAGCAAUGGGUGGAAGUUAUUUGCAACAUGUCAGAGUGGAGAUUGUAUUUUGUGGAGUGAGUUGUUUUUUUUUUUUAAUAGCUAUCAAAAUGAUUGAAUCUUUGUGAAAGAGGUGCUGUGGGUUUCAUCCUCGCCAGUAAUCUGACAGGAAGUGGUUUUUGAUAGCUAUUAAACAUCCGGAGGGUGUCGCACAGCACAGCAGCAUUCAGUGGUCGUUACUGACUGGAUUCACCUAUUUAAGAAAACAGUGGAUUAUAUCUACAGGAAUUUUAAUAGCUGGUAUUUUUUCUCCCCCCCACCUCAUUUUAUCUGGCUUAAGACAUUCAUUACAUGAACAGCUGAUAUAAUUACCAGACCCUCCCCCACCUGUUUCCAGCUGUGAGGAGGCCCAGUUCUGUCUGUCUCCCUUUCUAAAAAGAGAUCUGGCUCUAAACUGAUGGGGAGGCUUUUACUGCAGCCUCGUCUCCGAUGCUAACAAUACUGCUGUAACCGUAAGGCAUGAGAUUAGUCCCUGCAGCAGACAAAGCCACGUAGAACAGCGACCUUCCAGCAGGGCUCGUAGGAGCACGGAAACCGCUCCAGUUCAAAGAUGGCGGACGAUAUUCCUAUAUUCAUUGAAUGUACUGUAUUACUGUUUCUAAAGAUAGGACGAGCUAAUCUAGUCACCUUUUGUUAUUGGUCCUUGUUUGAAUUGUCUAAGGUAUUUUUUGUAUACAAAAGUUUACAUUUUUAUGUAUAUUUUUCUCGUGUACAAACUAUGUAAUAUGUGUACAAAACACUGUAUGUAAUAUCUGUAUAUAGUGUGAGAAAUCUGAUCUUUUGUUUGUUUUUGGAUGUAUAAAUAAAACUUGCUG